GCCAGUCUCUGUUUGGGACCCUUCCCCGAAACUUCGCAGAUUCCGUACUCUUUCCUCCUUUUCCUUUUGCUCUACAUACUUUUUCUUCUAUUUUUGGCAGAUCCUGUUUGGCUGCUCAAUAAACAGACGAAAAAUUACUCCAAACGUAUUUUUGAGUCAAACUGAAAACUCGAGAUUUCAAAGUUAAAACCUACCACGGCACCAGUUCUAUCUGCUGUGGAAGUCAUUUUAUAUUCUUUCAAUUAUUUUUUUUCUGAGCAACCAAACAGAGAAUUAGCAGAAUGCAUGGGAGGUACGUUGAUGUGGCGAGGGAGAAGCGGAGUUUGGAAUCGAGUUCGGUUGAUGAUGGUCAGCCUGAUCGGAAACGACCUGCUUUGGCUAGUGUGAUUGUUGAAGCACUGAAGGUAGAUAGUAUGCAGAAGCUUUGUUCAUCAUUGGAGCCUAUUCUACGCAGAGUUGUCAGUGAAGAAGUGGAGCGUGCUUUGGCUAAACUAGGUCCCACCAAGCUUAAUGGGAGGUCUUCUCCGAAACGCAUAGAAGCCCCUGAUGGAAAAUAUUUACAACUACACUUCAAGACCAGACUAUCCCUUCCCCUUUUUACAGGGGGGAAAGUGGAAGGUGAGCAAGGGACACUCAUACAUAUUGUUUUAGUUGAUGCAAAUACAGGCCAUGUUGUCACGUCAGGCACAGAGUCAUGUGCCAAACUAGAUGUAUUUGUUCUUGAGGGGGAUUUCAAUAAUGAGGAUGAUGAUAAUUGGGGUGAAGAAGAGUUUGAGAGUCAUAUUGUGAAAGAGCGGGAAGGAAAAAGGCCCCUUCUGUCUGGCGAUCUGCAAGUCAUAUUAAAGGACGGUGUUGGAACACUGGGUGAGCUCUCAUUUACUGACAACUCUAGUUGGAUAAGGAGUAGGAAGUUCCGAUUGGGGCUGAAAGUUGCCUCAGGUUGUUGUGAAGGAAUGCGUAUUCGCGAAGCCAAAUCAGAAGCUUUCACUGUUAAGGAUCAUCGUGGAGAAUUAUACAAGAAACACUACCCACCUGCCUUGCAUGAUGAAGUUUGGAGGCUGGAAAAGAUUGGUAAGGAUGGUUCCUUUCACAAAAGGCUAAAUAAAGCAGGAAUAUAUAAUGUUGAAGACUUCCUAAGACUUGUGAUCAGAGACCCUCAGCGAUUGCGGAAUAUUCUUGGAAGCGGCAUGUCAAAUAAGAUGUGGGAUAUCCUUGUUGAGCAUGCAAAGACUUGUGUUCUCAGUGGAAAACUUUAUGUAUAUUAUCCUGAGGAUGCAAGAAACGUGGGUGUUGUUUUCAAUCACAUUUAUGAAUUGAGUGGCUUGAUUACCAAUGACCAGUAUUUCUCGGCUGAUUCUCUCUCUGAGAAUCAAAAGGUUUAUGUUGACACGUUGGUGAAGAAAGCAUAUGAUAAUUGGAUGCACGUAAUCGAAUAUGAUGAAAAGUCUCUAGUAAAUUAUAAUCAGGAUAAAAGUUUGGAUACUGCUCACCCUCCGGCUCUUAUGGGUUCCCAUGAGUAUUCAAACUCUAUUCAACAGUUUUCCAUCCCUAGUUUGCCACAUACAGUACAUACAGGCCAGACUUCAAUGGAUACAGGAGCAACAGUUGGAGGUUAUCACGAUGGCAUAACUACUAGAUUCUCCAUGCAAUCACAGGAUGCUAAUCUUAGUUCUUCUAUUAAAUUUGAUGAUAAUGCAUUUUCAUUGCAAAGUCAGUUAAUGAGUGUUCCCCAGCAAGCUCAACUUCAAAAAAAUGAAAAUGGGCUAGCUCAUGGUCUGGCAGAAACAGGCACUCAUGGCUUCCAGACUGCCAGCAUCUCGGAUUCUACUUACAGAGGAGUUGAAGACUUCUUCCCAGAAGAAGAAAUACGUAUUAGAAGUAAUGAGAUGCUAGAAAAUGAAGAUAUGCAGCAUCUUCUUCGUAUGUUUAACAUGGGAAGCCAUGCCAGUUCUUCCUUCAAUGCCCACGAAGAUGGGUACCAAAAUACAUCUGCAUACAUGCCUGCAAACCACUUGAGCUACAAUGUUGAUAAUGAACCAAACAGUUCCUCAGGCAAAGCUGUUGUGGGUUGGCUCAAGCUUAAGGCAGCUUUGAGAUGGGGUAUUUUUGUUCGGAAGAAGGCUGCUGACAGACGGGCUCAACUCAUUGAAUUAGACGACUCUUAAAAAUCUUGAAGGAGUUCCUCAUCUAUUAUGAUCUGUAACACAAAAUUUUCUGGUUAUAGCAUAACCUGCCAAUUUCCUAACUUAAGAGUUACCAUCAUGCUCAAAUUUCAUAGCAUGACUAUGAGGACGUGAACUGGAUUGAAUUGUUUGGUGCUAGCUUAGCCUAAAA